CGUGUUUCUUCUUUUUCGGCAGCGGUCAUUGAGGCAGCGCGCGGCAUUUCAGUUCACUCGAAGUAAAUUCGUGCGCUUGCGUUGCCAGUAUGAGUUCCACGAACAAGUUUAAAGAAUGGUUUGGCUGCCGGUGGCUCUCCCCAUGUUGGUCUAGGAUGACCAUGACUGCGCGCAUCAAGCAGGUUGUAAGCAAGAACAAGAAGCGAUACCAGGAUGAGGACUUCGACUUGGAUUUAUCCUACAUUAGUGACAAUAUCAUCGCCAUGGGCUUCCCGGCUGAAAAGCUGGAAGGGGUCUUCCGCAACCACAUGGAUGAUGUGCAAAAGUUUCUUGAAAAGAAGCACAAAGGCCACUACAAAAUAUACAACCUGUGCUCUGAGCGGCAGUAUGAUGCUAAGAAGUUUGAAAAUAGAGUGGCACACUACCCAUUCAAGGACCACAACCCACCGAAAAUUGACCUCAUCAAGCCUUUCUGUGAGGAUGUUGCGGAGUGGCUGUCCAAACACCCAGCCAAUGUUGCUGUCAUCCACUGCAAAGCAGGCAAGGUGCGUGCGAGUGGUAUUUUGUUGUUUGUUGGAUGUGUCUCUCUG